AUGUCUUCUUCUUCUUCGUUAUCACCACGUGUAGCAGCUAUUUGGGGUGCGAAUGGAAUAUCAGGUACAGCGAUGAUUGAUCUCUUGAUCGAACAAUCUUCGAAUGAAUGGAAUCAUAUUAUUUGCAUAUCUCGACGACCAUUUCAAUUAGAUAUAAAUGAUAAACGUAUCAGUUUUAUUUCUAUUGAUAUUCUUAAUUCUACUGUUGAUGAAAUUGUUAAUGAAUUAGAAAAAGUGAAUGGAAAAAUGAUAACAGAUAUUUUUCAUUAUACAUAUAUUGAAAAAUCGACUGAAGAUGAAUUAGAUCAAGUUAAUAAAAUUGUUUUAGAAAAAGCUUUAGAUGCUUGUGUGAAAAUUGCUGGAAAAACAAUAAAAUCAUUUUCAUUACAAACAGGAUAUAAAUAUUAUGGUGUACAUAAAACUAAAGAAGAUUUAGCUGCAUUACCAUUCAUUGAAAAUGCUCCUCGUCAUCAGGGUACAAAUUUUUAUUUUACACAAGAAGAUCUUUUAGAAGAUUAUGCGAAAAAACAUAAUUGGAGAUAUAUAAUUACUCGACCAGCAACGAUUAUCGGUGUUGCUAAAGGAAAUUUUAUGAAUUUCGCAGUAACAAUUGCAUUAUAUGCAACAAUACAAAAAGAACUUGGUCAACCAUUAUUAUUUCCUGGAAAUUUAAAAUCAUGGAAUAGAAUAUCAGAUCAUUCAACAGCUUCAAAUAAUGCUCGUUUUCAAUUAUGGAGUGUAUUAAAUGAAAAUAUUCAACACGAAAUAUUUAAUAUUGCUAAUGGAGAUCUUGUUACAUUUCGAGAUUUAUGGUCAAAAAUUGAAAAUUAUUUUGGUAUUCCACAUUGUGAACAGAAAUUGAAUGAAAAUGAAGCUCAAUUAAAAUUAGCCGAAUAUAUGCCAAAACAUAAAGAUGUUUGGAUUCGUAUUGCUCAAAGAGAAAAUCUUGAUGAAAAAGCCUUCGAUUAUGCUACAUGGGCAUUUGCCGAUGGUUCUUUAAGAUCACCACUCGAUAGAUAUGGUAAUUUAACUAAAGCUCGUGAAUUUGGUUGGACAACUAUAGUAGAUACGUUCGAUGGUUAUGCACAAUGUUUUGAUCGAUUAAAAAAAUUAAAAGUCAUUCCUUCAUAG